AUGCUCGAGCCCCCGACGGACGACCUCCUCCACGCCGUGAAGGCCUACUGCCCGAGCGCCGUCAGCAGGCGGCACACCGACUCCGGCCACAUGGUCCCCCUCGAACCCGAACCCGCCCACAAAACCAACGGCAGAACGCCCCCCACGCCCGUCCCGGGUCGGAACCCCGACCUGCGCCUCGCCGGCGAUCCACCCGAACCGAAACCGGCCGUCGACGUACAGGAAGAAGACACCGCAGACGAGGAUCACGCCACCCUCACCGACGAGGAGCUCAGCAUGCUCCUCUCCGACGACUGGCACCGCCGUGCGCUCACCCGCGUCAUCCUGGUGAAUGCGCCCGAGCUCGACCGCCCCCUCCGACGCGACCCGCGCGUCGAGCUCAUCCGCGCACGCAACGCCUUCGAAGCCCUCGGCGAGCUCGGCCAGGCCGAACGCGACAGCGCCGACCCGCCCGCCGUCGUCCUCGGCCCCGACGCCCUCACCCAGAUCGACCCCGAGGCCCUCCGCAAGGCGAUCGACACCGUCGACCCCCACGCGCGCCUCAUCGCCAUCAACCGCGAACGCGGCGCGCACCGCAGCAGCGCCGCCACCUGGGCCGAGCCCGAGACCCUCGCCCGCGCGCUCUUCCCGAACGACGCCCCCAGCGACGCCGAGGCCCCCAGCGUCGAGAUCGAUUUCGAAGAAAAGCCCGCGAAGAAAAAGAAGAAAAAGAAGCACAAAGACAAGAAACGCGCCGCCCUCUCCGCGGGCGACGAGCGCGUCGUUCUCCGCAUCAUCCUCUCCGGCGGCGACCCCCUCCCCGAAAUCGUGAGCCGCGUCACCGACGCACUCGGUUCCGACCGCAUCGAAUUCGUCCGCGCGACGGACAACGACAAUCAGCCAAACCUCGCCGAGGGCUUCGCCGCCGUCCGCGUCUCACGCCGAUCCCACACCUACGGAUGGCUCGUCGGGCCCGACGCACUCGAACCAGCGCUCAAAGACCAGGCCGAGACCGCAGCCCUCUGGCUCUCACUCGCCGAGCAGCACGCCCAACUCCGAGCCCUCGCCUUCACCGACUCCCUCACCGGUGCCUGGAACCGCCGCUACUUCGACAAAUACCUCGCCUCCGCGCUCCACGAGGCCCGCGUCAAACGACACAACCUCACGCUCCUCAUCUUCGAUAUCGACGACUUCAAGCACUACAACGACGAGUACGGACACGCCGCCGGAGACGAGAUCCUCACCGAGGUCAUCCGACUCCUCAAAACACAGGUCCGACCCAACGACAAGGUCUGCCGCAUCGGCGGCGACGAGUUCGCCGUGAUCUUCUACGACCCCGCCGGCCCGCGCGAGCCCGCGAGCCACCACCCGCGCUCCAUCUUCCAGAUCGCCCGACGAUUCCAGAAGCAGAUCGCCGAUCACAACUUCCCCAAACUGGGUGAGCGAGCCAAAGGCUCCCUCACCAUCUCCGGAGGCCUCGCCACCUACCCCUGGGACGCCUACGACGCCCAGGAACUCAUCGAGCGCGCCGACCACCUCGCCAUGGUCUCCAAGAAGCAGGGCAAGAACGUCCUCACACUCGGCAACGCCGCGCACCAGGCCGACCAGCGACCCCCGGACCACGACGGCAUCGAUCUCCCCAACGACACCAACUGA